AUGGGAAGCGGCCUACCCACCCCUCCAUUGGAGGACCAGAAGUCCAGGAAGAGCUCUGCCAGCUCCAAGUCCAUCAAGCCCAACCGUCACACCGCGAAGCGCGCCAGCCCUCACAACGCUACAGCACACCACGACCACCCAACAACAGGCAUGUCAGCCGACGGUCGUCACAAGAGAGUAUGGAAGGCCUGUGAGAGGUGUAGAAUGAAGAAGACCAAGUGCGACGGAGAGUUCCCUUGCAAGAGAUGUAAAGACGAUGGCCUCGUUUGCACCGCCGGCGUUCGCAAGAAGACAGAAUACAAGCAGCUCCCAAGAGGGUACGCCGAGGUCCUCGAGCACACUCAGUUCGCCCUCAUCGCCACCGUCCACAAGCUCUACUCCAUGGUCAGGAAUAACCAACAAUGGGACCUCGGUGAACCUGAGCUCAACGACCGCGGUCAACCCGUCAUCCACAACAUCGCUCAGAAGCUUGGCUGCAUACGCCCCAACUCCGACAUCGACCUUCCCGUCCACUCAGUCUUCCCCGAAGACGAGGCCGGCCUGGCUGAACUCGCUCGCCAGCUCGAGGAGCAACAGAAGGAACGUGACGCAGAGAAGGCAGCUACCCGCGUCGAGCUCGACUCGGCAUCAUCGUGCGAACGCUCCGACCGCGCCUCCUCUUCCGAGAUCGACCACUCCGAGUUCGAAGCAGACUACCGCAAGGCCGUCUUCUCUCAGCACAACAACCCAAUGACCAUGUCACCUCAGUCCUUCUCGACUGGCUACACGGAAUUCGACGUCGACUCCGUCGCAUCCCCCAUCGACCCAACCGCCGCCAUGUUCCACAACCAGUCUCCCUCCACCAUGAACGCCUACCCGCAAUGGACCAUGCCUCGCCAGACUGCGCCGCCCGCUAUGGACCUCGCGCAACAGUUCUUCAAUCAGCAAAACAGCGCCCUCACCAGCAUGGACAUGCUUAACCAGGGCCUCAUCGAGAACGAAUUCGGCACCAUUAAGCCCCACGUCCUCUCAUGUCCGAACCCCGAAGUCAUGAUGGGCAUGGGCGACCCGAUGAUCUACGGUGGCUACGACGGCGAACCGAUGCGGUUGUGA